CUCUUGUCUAGGCCUGCGACAUGACGAUCGAGCAUAUCCUUUCCAUCACCAUAUAUUUGCUCUUAGACACGAUAGUUGUUUAACCUCCUAGACGGUGUGAUGAUAGCGCACGGGGGUCGCAGUUCGCUCCGCUUGGCUAGUGCUCGCCGAUUAGGACUAUUCCCGUGCCUUUGCCCAUGACUCGAACUAUAGGAACAUUGCGCGAGAGAAACUGUUCAGUGCCGGUGGUCCCCCGUUCAGCGAUGCUGCUCCAUUGCCCAAAGCUUGAAACAAGUCCUCGUACGAUGAAGCACACGUGGCCGCAGACUGCCUAUCAUGACGAAUUCAGCACAGGCGUUUCUGAACCUGGCUUGUAAGGGUGUCGUUUCCUUUCUAACUCUUUCUGCGUCAGUAGUGUUCGAACAGGGCGAACGGCCGAGGGUAAUGCCAAUGUGUUAGACCUCAACUCGACUUGAACGGCUUAUAUUAGUUGUCUCUGUCUGAAU